GUUACAUAUGCUAGCCACUAUGUGAGGACAUUUGUCCAUAAGUAACAAAAAUGGGAUUGGGGUGACAUUUAUGCUUGGAAAAUAAUUUCAGUGGAGUCCAUUCUCAUCUUUCUUGACCACGCUGUUGUUCUUUAAAGACUAGCAUUUGAUCAGACAUGCGUUAUCAUACAAUUUCAAGAUUGUAAGUGAUACUACUUAUAUGGAAAGCCUUUAGCAAGACCAAGAGGAAAUUGAGAGGUAGAGAGAAGCAGCUUCAGUGAUUGGAGAACUGGUGGUUCAAUGGCUGGAAAUUCUUGGCCUUACUUUGAUCCUGAAUAUGAGAACUUAAGCAUCAAAAUUAACCCUCCAAGGGUCUCUAUAGACAACACUACUUGCAAGGACUGUACUCUAAUCAAGGUUGACAGCAUGAACAGACCAGGAAUACUGCUGGAAGUGGUACAAAUCCUAACAGACCUUGACCUCACCAUCACCAAGGCUUACAUCUCUUCUGAUGGUGGAUGGUUCAUGGAUGUAUUUCAUGUCACUGAUCAACAAGGGAACAAGAUUACAGACAGUAAGACCAUUGAUUUUAUAGAAAAGGCUCUAGGACCCAAGGGCUACACCAAAGAUGGCUCGAAGAGCUGGCCAGAAAAGAGGGUGGGAAUGCAUUCUCUGGGUGAACACACAGCCAUUGAGCUAGUAGGCAGGGACCGCCCUGGUCUUUUGUCAGAAAUCUCUGCUGUCCUUGCCAACCUCCACUUUAAUGUAGUUGCUGCUGAAGUUUGGACACAUAACAGGCGAACAGCAUGUGUUCUUUAUGUUAAUGAUAAUACCACAUGCCAUGCUGUGGAUGACCCAAGCCGAUUAUCCACUAUGGAGGAGCAGCUCAAGAACAUCUUGCGAGGGUGUGAGGAUGAUGAGAAAGUAGGUUGUACUAGUUUCUCCAUGGGCAUCACCCAUGUUGAUCGGAGACUUCACCAGAUGAUGUUAGCUGAUAGGGAUUAUGAAGGUGUCACAUUGGCGACUGAGACAGAUUAUCCUCCAUUGGAACCAAAAAUCACAGUUGACCGUUGUGAGGAGAAGGGGUACUCAGUGGUAAGUGUCAAGUGCAAAGAUCGUGCAAAGCUUAUGUUUGACAUCGUGUGCACCCUCACAGACAUGCAGUAUGUUGUUUUUCAUGCCAACAUUUCAUCUGAUGGCCCGUACGCGUCGCAGGAUCGAAUGUCUAAGCAGCAGAUUGGGACCGGCCAUAAAGUUGGAGACCUCUAUGUAAUAGAGAAUUUGCAUCUGCCUAUGGCAACCUCACAAGACUGCCUUUUCCUCUUUUCAGAAUAUUAUAUUCGUCACAUGGAUGGCUGCACGCUGGAUACUGAAGGAGAGAAGGAAAGGGUUGUAAAGUGUCUUGAAGCUGCUAUUAGACGAAGGGUUAGUGAGGGUCUAAGCCUCGAGCUCUGUGCAAAGGACAGAGUAGGCUUGCUAUCUGAAGUGACAAGAGUUUUUCGAGAGAACGGUUUGUCAGUUACGAGAGCAGGUGUCACAACAGUUGGGGAGCAAGCAAUGAACGUCUUCUACAUGAGUGAUGCUUCUGGAAAUCCCGUUGACACAAAGACUAUUGAAACUCUUCGCAAAGAAAUUGGGCAGACAAUGAUGCUCAAUGUGAAGAAAAUCCCAACAAGUGCAGAGGCAGCAGAAGCUAGUGGAUGUACCAAGACAAGCUUCGUCUUUGGAAGUUUACUGGAAAGGUUCUUGGCUUGAAAGUGUUAGUUUCACUAUCACAUAACUGUAUAUAGAAUAAUAAAAUUGUCCAGUAUCGAAUUUGGACAAGGCUCGCUGUUACCGGGCAUGUUUCUAUUCUACGCUUUAAGUGUGUAUGUUGUGAACAUGUAUUUAUGGGAAAUUCUAUUUCCUCUUAAUUAUCUCAGUACACAUAUUUAAUGAAAUAUUAUUUUAAUGAUAA